AUGCCUCCUGUCUCUGCUUCCAAGGCUAAACGCCAGGCCGAAAAGGCCGCAAAAGCCGCUGCCAAGGGCGAAAAGUCGUCCAAGUCUUCCUCCAAGUCUGGCACCACCAACGACACCUCGGAGACUCCCAUGACCAACCUUUCGGCCAACUCUUCCGUCGAGCAACUCAACAUGAAGAAGCUCGACCUCGCCACCGAACGUAACGCUUCCGGUGUUUUGACCUCGGACAAGCAGUCGCGUGAUAUCCACAUUGACAACUUCACCAUGUCCUUCCACGGUCGUCUUCUCAUCGACACUGCCACCAUCAACCUCAACUACGGUCAACGAUACGGUUUGCUCGGUGAAAACGGUUCCGGUAAGACCACCUUCUUGGCCGCUCUCGGUGCACGUGAUGUCGAGAUCCCCGAGCAUAUCGACAUUCACUUGGUCACUGGUGAAGCCGAACCUUCCGAGACCAACGCUAUCGACUACAUUGUCAAGUCGGCCAAGGAGAAGGUUGCUAGGCUCGAAAAGGAGAUCGAGGACAUGUCCAUCGCUGACGAGAUCGACGAGGUGGGUCUUGAGCUCAAGUAUGAAGAACUCGAGGAACUUGAUCCUAGCACUUUCGAGACCAAGGCUGGUAUGAUCCUCCACGGUCUUGGCUUCUCGCCCGAGAUGAUGAAGAAGCCUACCAAGGAUAUGUCCGGUGGUUGGAGAAUGCGUGUCACCCUUGCCAAGGCGCUUUUCAUCAAGCCUCAUUUGCUUUUGCUCGAUGAGCCCACCAACCAUUUGGAUUUGGAGGCUGUCGUUUGGCUUGAAGCUUAUCUUUCGACCUACAACCACAUCUUGGUCUUUACCUCGCACUCGGCCGAUUUCAUGGACUCGGUCUGCACCAACAUUCUCGACCUUACCCCUCAGAAGAAAUUCUUGACUUACGGUGGUAACUAUUCCACCUACGUCCGAACUAAGGAAGAGAACGAGACCAACCAGAUGAAGGCCUAUGCUAAGCAACAGGAGGAGAUCGCCCAUAUCAAAAAGUUCAUCGCUUCCGCCGGUACUUAUGCCAACCUGGUCAAACAGGCCAAGUCGAAGCAGAAGAUCAUCGAUAAGAUGGAAGCAGCAGGUUUGAUCGAGCCUGUUUGGCAACCUAAGUCUUUACGAUUCAACUUUGAGGAUGUGCGUAAAAUGCCCCCUCCCAUUAUUGCCUUUAGCGAUGUGGCGUUUUCGUACAGUGGUAAGAAGGAGGACUAUCUGUACAAGGAUUUGAGCUUUGGUAUCGAUAUGGAUUCCCGAGUUGCAAUUGUGGGGCAGAACGGUACGGGGAAAUCGACGCUGUUGAACUUGAUUACCGGUGCGCUUAACCCUGUGGAAGGUACUGUGCAGAGGCAUGCAGGUUUGAAGUUGGGCAAGUAUUCUCAGCAUUCGGCCGAUCAGUUGCCUUAUGAUAAGUCGCCGUUGGAGUACAUGGAGAGCAAGUAUAAGGAAAAGUUCCCGGAUAAGGAUCUUCAGUUUUGGCGUGGCCAGUUGGGAAGGUUCGGUUUGUCGGGUGCUCAUCAGACGAGUCCGAUUCGUACGCUUUCCGAUGGUUUGCGUAACAGAGUCGUGUUUUCGCAAUUGGCGAUGGAACAACCUCAUGUUUUGUUGCUCGAUGAGCCGACUAACCAUUUGGAUAUGACUUCGAUCGAUGCCCUGGCUAUGGCGAUUAAGGAGUUCGAGGGAGGUGUGGUGAUCGUAUCGCACGACUUUAGGCUCAUCAGUCAGGUUGCAGAGGAUCUGUGGGAGGUCAAGGAUAGGAAGAUCGUUAACCUUAGCAAACAGGAGGUUAGCAUUCAGGAUUACAAGAAGAAACUUGUCAAGGCUUCAGCAGAGGCUAUCGAAAGGGCUAAACUUUUCGCUAAGGGUAAGGCGUAA